AUGGAACAACUUCCGGUUUUCCGCAUUCUUCCAAUUCGGGAUGAUGAAGAUGAUGAAGAAAUGCUACAAGAAAAUGGUGGCGAUUAUGAUGGCGAUGAUGAUAACGACGAUGACCCUGAUGGUGAUGACGUGAAUUACAUACAGAUAUUAAUUGGCCGAGAACUCGCCACCAAUCGACUUAACGAUCAACAAGUUGAAGGACUUGUCAAUGACAAUUGGAAUCAACAAAUUCGAACUCGUGCAAUCCGUUACAUUCGUAGAGCAGGGCGAAUAUUUCAAUUUAGCAGACGAACACUUUACAGAUCAGUGAUAUAUCUGGACAGAUUUCUUGCCUAUCGAGUAAUAGCUAAUGGACAGCUCUGGGCAGUGAGAUUAAUAGCAGUGGCUUGUUUAUCAUUGUCUGCAAAAAUGAAUGACAAUAUAGAUGAUGUGCCACCACUAUCAGACUAUCCAGUGGGAGCUUACAACAUUAGUGUGAAUGCCAUACAGAGAAUGGAGAUUUUGGUUCUUGUUGAUUUCAACUGGAAUAUGAAUUGUGUGACUCCUUUUGAUUUCAGAAUUUUUUUCGUAUCGAGAUUCUGCAGAGAUGUUACAAGAUUAGACAUAACUAGAAUAACAACUGCUCGAAUCAUCAUGAGUGCUUUAAGAGAUUUGAGGUUAAUGAAUCAUAGACCAUCUGUAGUAGCAGCAGCUGCAACAUUAGUAGCAGUAAACAGAAAUUUCACCAUACAAGAAUUGGUUAUUGAGAUAAAUGUUUUGCCUAUAAAUGGAUUUCUUCAAAUUGCUGAUGUGAGUUACUGCUACAAUAGAAUGCUAGAGUUGAACAUUUGAGGAUGAUGACAAACAAUCCCAAGCAGCUUUUUGAUGCCGCACCCGUCUCGGAUUCUUCAAAUAUACACUAUUUUGGCGAAUUCGACACAAACCCGUUGGCAUUUUUGAAAAGUCCGAGCAACAUUGCCCAGCAGAAGAAAUAUUAGUGAGAUUGUAAUUAGCUUCUUUUUGUUAGAUAAACAAAUAGAGGAUUCAUUGAUUGUUGGUAGAUGCUGAACUGAUUCAUUGUUAGUACUAGUAAUAUUUUAGUACAUGUAUGGUUCUUCUCUCUAUCUCUCUGUUAAUAAUACCUCAAGAGAACUUGAAGGUCGUUUGGUAGC